AUGAUGAUAUUUUCCGCUUCUUCAUCUGCUGCUCAGCACGUUUCAACUUCUUUUGUCUAUCGAGAUUUGGCUAGCCAGGGUCUCAAGACUUUUCCACUUCGGGUAGAACCAUUCAUUCUCCCUGAACCCUCCUUCAAGGAUUCCGCUUCUGUUCGCGCAACUUGUUUGGCUUUCUUACAAGAGCGUCUGAGCCUACCAGCCAAUAUUCUGUUCGGCCUUAUCACAUCCAGUUUUGAGGAGACCAACCGUCCGAAU